UCCAUUAGAAAACAAACAAUUCAAAAAUGUUUAUAUCUCAGAUUAAAGAAGAAAAGAUGAGGGAGAGAUUUCAAGAAGUAAUUAUUCCAUUAUAGAGAAAAGCAUCUGGAUUAAUUCAAGUGGUUCCAAAGGAGAAAUCAAGAUCCAGUUCCUUGGAGUUACCAUAGUUGCAUUCUGGGUAAGAGAAGUCGGAUUUGCUAAUGUAGGAAUUUUUUGAGUAUCGAUGAAUUCUUCAUCAGUAUUCUUAUUUUUUGGGUUGGAUUGUGAGCUUGAAAUUUGUAGGCAAGUGCCAAGUUUUUUAGAGGUCAUCGGCAACAAACAUUCCAUAUACUCAGGUUCUUGAUUCUGUUUUGUUUUGGUAUUUUACUUCAAACAAAUCAAGAUUUUUACCUCUGAGGCUUGAGUAAUAGAUGUGGUUAGUGAUAAGAUCAAUGUGGUAAGCUUCGUUGUCAUACUUGGGGUCUCUCUAAUUCCACAAUUAUCUGUGAGAUUAUUGUAUUGCACAACUUUUCCAUCAAUAAAAUCAAAAAUAACGUCGAAAGCAGGCUGAGCAUUAUCAAAGGUAAUUUCAAAAUUUUUAACUACCUUAAUGAUUCCUUUCGUGACAAUAUUCUGAAGUAUAGUAUUAUGAAUAUUUCACUAA